AUGGCGCCCAAGGAGCCUUACAAGGUGCACUCGCUCAACAAGCACGUCGAAGACACCAAGAAGGGCCUCAGCGGCUCCGCCCAGUACAACCGCCGACCCAUCGCCAAGGCUGCCGCAGCGGCCGUCAAGAACGAGCCUGGCGCCCUCAACGCCGCCGUCUUCGGAAACAACAACGACAGCGACGAGUCCAGCGACAGCAGCGAGAGCGACAGUGACAGCGAUGGCGAGACUGGCGCCGACCUCCUGAAGAAGCUCGGUGCCAACGGCGCAACGCCUUCGACCGGCCCCAAGCGUCGUGGCAAGGUCGACGAGAUCGCCGACAGCGACAUUGAGCGAACCGCUUCUGCUAAGCGUGCGGCCGCUAAGAAAGAGCAGCUCGCCAAGAAGGAGUCGUCCACCUCCGAGACGUCGAGCGAUUCCUCCAGCGAGUCCGAGUCGGAACAGGAUGAACCCAAGGCAAAGGCCAACGGAGCUGUCGCAGCUCCUCAGGCUGCGGCUGGCGAGGAGUCGUCCAGCAGUAGCUCCGAGGACGAAAGCGAGGACGGCGACGAAGAGUCUGACGGCGAAGAAGAAGAAGAACCCAAAGCAGAACCCAAACCAGCUGCGAAGCAGGCGGCCACACCUGCCAAACCUGCCGCUACAAACGGCACUGCCAAGGCAGCUGCCGCAGCUGCCGAUUCGAGCAGCUCUAGCGAGGAGUCCAGCGAGGACGAGGACGAGCCUGCAAAGCCUCAGCCUACCAAGGCUCAACCCACUAAAGCUCAAUCCACCAAGGCCCAGGCUACCAAGGCGCAGACUGCCAAAGUGACGUCCGCAAAGGCUCAACCCGCCAAAGAGGUCACUGAAGAGUCAUCAUCCGACUCUGAAGACAGCGAUGCGCAAGCCGACGAAUCAAUGGGACUUUCAGAUCGUGAGACGGAGACCCAGGUCGCAGUCCCGAACUUCAUUGCCCCUGACUUCACGCUUCGCAAGGGAGACGAUGGAGCCAACGGCCAGGACGUGGCGCGAAUCUGCAACGAGGCAAACCUCCAGGGCAAGCAAUUCUGGUACUUUACAGUGCCGUCUAACGUCCCCGUCUCUGUCAUCGAAAACAUCGAAAUCCCCAUGGACCGUUCGCAGCUCGGCAGUCGCGUCUUCUCGCAUGACGGCCAAGACUAUGGCGUCUCCUUUGACACCAUCUCGACCAGAAGCUCGAUUCAGAUUUUGAUUCCUUCCAGCAGCGAUUCGAAUUACCAACCUGCACGCCAGCAAGUUGCUCAGACAAUGCACAUCAAGAGGAUUGCCAACCUCGGAGGUGCAGCCGCUUCAACUGCCGGCCCCGAGCCUCGUCGGGCCGCUCGGCCGCAGCCAAAGGGCCUCAAGGCCAGAUACCAGCCGUUCGGCGUCAAUACUCCCAUGGGCAACAUCGGAGCAGAUGCUUCUGGAGACGAAGAUGUUGAGAUGGAUGAGGCGCCUGCAGCAGUAGCGACCCCCAAGCCUGCCAAGAAGGAGAAGAAGAGCAAGAAGGAUGAUGCCAAACUGUCUGAGAGCAAAGACAAGAAGAAGGAUGCUGAUGUCGCUGCCACGCCCAAAGCUGCGGAUGUGAAGACCCCCAAGGCUGAUCGCAAGGGCAAGAGAAAGCACACCAACUCUGAAGACGAUGCUGUGGCAGCGGAGGCGCAACUCAAGGAAGACAUUUCUUCGGCAAAGGGCAAGAGCAAGAAGCAGAAGACGGCCAGGGCUAGCAGUCCCGAACUCGGAGCAGAGCUUCCCCCCAUGCCAAAGAAGCAGACCCCCAUCGCACCGCCCACUAUCCCGUCGUCGUCGGCCUAUUCCUUUUCGAACCUUUCAUCGUCAGCUACAGCUGUUGCUACUCCCUCCAAGGCUGCAACCGCCACUCCUAGCACUGCUAAGAAGUCGACCAAGAAGACGAAGCCCGAGACUCCUGUGCCCGCACCUCGACAGACUGCAGUCCCGCUGCCUAGCAUCCCACUGACUGCCCGACCUAAGGAAUCGCCUGUUCCUCUCCCCCCUUCUGCCGCUUUUGCUACACCUGUGCAGUCGAAGAGCAAGAAGAGCAAGGCGAGCAAAGACGAGGCCAAUGCAACUGGCUCUUCGCAGCAGAGCCCUCCGCCAAGUGCUCAGGGUGGUGAUAAGAAGAAGGCUGCCAUCAAAGUCAAGGGAUCGGGAUAG